AUGGGCAAGAAAUCUUUCCAAAGAUCGGCAUCAUGCUUUGAAGAUUCUUCAAGUGGCUUACGAACACAUACUUCACUAGGUGAUAACUUUAGUUCGCCUCCAUUACCAAAACCCAGAUUGAAUCAACAAGCUUCAUUUGGUGAACGUACAUUAUUCAAUUCCGAUUAUUUGCAUCAAACAUCGACACAAUCAAAACAUUCAAUUGAAAGGAGCAGUCCAAUUUUUGGCCCAACUGAAAACUCUACAAGCUUAUCAUCAAAACACUCCAUGGAUGGCUCCUUAACAAGGAGUAGAACAGAUAAAAGUUCAAGGGAUCAAGCAUAUGAUGGAGGCAAUGAAAGCUACGCUACGGUGACUACAACCAAUCAGAAUGAUAAUCAACUUCGUGAAAACCCAGCACUCACUGUCAGACUUGAUUCAAAAGCUCCAACGUCAACAUCAUUGUCGAAACGUCCACUCGUGUCAUCUAAAUCAUAUGAUGAAGCAGACGGUCGGCGAGCACAUCCGCCGAGCACACCUCCAUCAACUCCAGAAGUAGUUUCAAAACAAAAAUCACCGUUUUCUGCUUAUGCAUCGCAUUUAUUUAUAUCCGAAGAAAAUGAUGAAUCAAAGCGAAGAUCUUUAGUAGAUGAUCGAAGUCGUAUAGAACAGACGGAAAUAAUACCUUCGCCAUCGGAUACUCAUCAGAGAUAUCCAUAUGAUCGAACUUCUUCGCGAACAUAUGUUGGUAAUACAUCGAAUUCAUCCCUUAGUACAUUAUCAAGAUCUUCAAGUCGAGAAUAUCCGAUUAUUGCAUACAUACCUUCAUUACCGUCUACUACCGAAAGCUUCAAGUUAAGAAUUACCGAAUGUUUGUGCCAAGAACAUAAGCUUCAAAUAAUCGAUAUUAAAUGCAGUUCGCAAUUAGAUGUAGGUAUUAUAUAUCUAAAAGAUGAGAAUGAGAAACAUCAUCUAGUUAACAAUAUCAAAAAUAUUACUGUCAGUCCAGAUUCCAACGAAAUAGUUUCAUUUGUAGCUGAACUCGAAUUGAUUUCCUAUGUAUUUAUUCGAUCAAAGGAUAGCCGAAAUCUUCCAUCAGCUAAUGAAAUAGCUCAACAAUGGAUUAAAACCUACGAUGGCAACUGUCCAGCAAAUUGUGAAAGCCUAGGUGAUGAAUGUCGAAACAUAUUUCGAAUUGUUACAAACAGAUUCAGUGAAUUUGUCAAUAAGCCAGUUCCAUUAUCUUUCUGGAUCGACAACCAAUUAGUCGAAGUCUACUUCCGUGCUGAUUGCUGCUUUUUGGAAAAUUUGCCAAUAAACUUCAAUGAAAGUAAUUUAAAAUCCGUUAUUGCUAAGCAAAUUAAUAAGAAUGACAUAUCAGACAAAUCAAUUUAUAUUCAAUAUAAUCAAGCAGAGGCCAACGCUGUUGUCUUGACACGUGACGAAGCUCGAUCAUGGGCAUCAUUUCGUUUGAUUAAUUUGGAUGGACAUUAUAUUGUUAAGGUUGAUCAACUCUUUUAUCAACUUAGAAUACCAAAUGCACCCGGUAGUAUUUCAGUUUCAAGUCUCGAAAACUCCGAAAUGUUCGCCGGUACCGGUGUAAAAGUGAGACGUUGUCGCGGUGAUAUCAUCCUGGAUCUGGCGGACAAACAUUUGUUUGAAAAAUGUCUCAAAAAAAGUACUCUUGAUAUUGAAAAUUAUAAAUUGAAAAUUCAAGCUUAUUCAUCAUCGACGCAUUAUGAAGAUUGGGAAAUCAAUGGCAAAAAUUGGUAUGAAACAGAGAUGUCUAACUGUAAAUCUGAUAUUAUGCAGUUUAUCUAUGAGCCUGAACAUCCGAUUUUUAAAUUCAAGUGGAAUCCAGAAGCAUUUUUAGAGCAAUUUAAACGUUGGACUGCAAAGCCCAAUAGUAACGCGACCAAUCAACGUGACCACGAUGGAAAUCUCAGUAAUAAGCAGCGACAUUUAAUACGAAUGACAGUUAUGCUAAAUACAAUUGGCGUUUUGAAACAAGGAAGUUAUUAUACAAUUAACAAGGAAGUCAAGUUGAAAUCAAAACCAUUGAAAACCAUUGUCUAUAAUCAUCAGUCAAAAUUGCAACAUGCGACGACAACAUCAAUAUCUAAUCCAAUGAAGUAUCCAUACAAAAUCACACCUGUCAGUGUUAUAAAUCAGGAUUGUCUCGUUGUGUACGAGGACUUACUUUUAAAAGGCCACCGUCCAUUACUUCUCAACAUGGCGAAUGCUUUUUCACCAGGCGGAGGUUAUCGUAAAGGUGAUGGCGCACAAGAAGAGAAUAUUUUUCGUCGCUCUAAUUACUAUCGAAGUCUUGAUAUGGAUCUUGAUGAUGGGAAACCAACCGAUCGCUUUUAUUGUACAUCUAAUUGUGAUACAAAACCACUCAUUGGAGGUGACAAAAUGUAUCCAAUGGACGAAUUCGGAGCAAUUUAUACAUCGGGAUUAACAGUUUUUCGUCAACGUGAAGAUAAUGGUUAUGAUUUCAUGGAUACACCUGUCUAUGAUGUAUGUGCUAUAGCCAUAGCUGCAUAUCGACAUCCGCCAUUAGAUAGGGAUGAUAAGAAUCUGCUCAGCAAAAAAUAUUCAAUUAAAAUGCGUAAGAAAAUUGAAAACAUCUUUGCAAUUGCUCAUCAUCAUGAUCAUGAUUGCCUUGUUCUUUCUGCAUUCGGCUGUGGAGCUUUUAGAAAUCCACCCACACAUGUCGCAAAAAUAUUCAAAUCGGUUAUCGAACAGUAUGCAGGAUUUUUCGAACAUAUCUAUUUUGCCAUUAUUGAUGAUCACAAUACUGGUCUAGAUUUUAAUCCUAAUGGGAAUUAUCGACCUUUUCAAGAAGUUCUCGAUAAAUUACAAUAUAAACCCAUGCGACAAGAAAUGUCUGAUACGAUGAUCGGACCUUGGCGCAUUUUGAACAAGACAAACAAUGAUAAUAUCGCCUUAGAUGAUGUUAGAAUUUAUCAUUUACGUCCAUGCUCUUAUGGAGGUCAAUGUAGAGACUUAGACAAACAGCAACAUUGUCGUGAAUAUAUGCAUCCACCACUAUGUCCAUACACUGAUAACUCCAGAGAUUGUAAAUUCGAAAACGACAAUGAUCAUAUGCUUUGGUUUAGACAUAAAAUAAAAUGUUCGUAUAGUGAUAAAUGUCGGUUUACCGACGAUCCAGUGCACAUGGCUCAUUACGAACAUCCAAAACUCAGUCGUGAUGAUAGAGGAACUGCAGGUAUGAAUCAAGAAUGUGCCCAAUACGGUGGCGAUGUACGACUUUCGAAUGAUAAUGAUUCUAUCUCUACUCAUAACGAUGUUCGCAAAAGAAAAACUAUAAUAAAAGAAGUUAAUGAAUUUCUAGCAACUUGUCCAUUUACACCAUUCCAUUGUCAACAGUAUAAUUUAUUAUCGCAAUCAACUGAUAGUGAACAACUACCACUCGAUGUUCGAGAUCAUUGCCGCCAUUUUUUACAUGUAUGCCGAUUAGGUCGUCAAUGUUGUGAAAAAUUAAAUUCCCAUCUCGAAAAAACAAUUCAUGUCGCACGUAACAUAUGUCCGGAUGGCGAAAGAUGUUCAAAACUUCAUCAAGAUGACCAUUUAGGAUCAUUAUCGCAUGCCAAAAUUGAUGAUAUUCGUGUACUAUGUAUAUUUCCAGCCUACGAAUGUCAAGAUUUUCGAAAGCCUGAACAUACAAGACGAUUUCGACAUUCUGGCAAUUUCGAUAAUAGCAGUGUCAUUCAAUACUGUGAACUGAAUAAGCGAAUAAAUUUUCUUCAAAAUCAACAAACAAUUGUUGCAACAAUAAAUGAUUACGCUAAAAAAUUGCCAUUAAGAACUUCACUGUCAAUUCCAACGAACAUUCAACGAUUCAUAAGAAGCUGGGUACCAACUUAUCAAUGUUCAAAAGUCAUUUUUGAACUCAUACUCGCACAUGGCCAUGUUAUGUCUAACAAAACUAUAGAAGAGUUACAGAUGCCAAACCUAUUGAUUCGAACUAUUCAACGAAGCAAACAAAUAGAGUCGAUUGCUAAUCUAUAUAAGAAUCAAGCAAUUUUAGAUCACAUCAAUAAUUAUAUUAAAGCUAUUUUCUUUAUUGAAUAUAAUAGACGAGUUUGUCAAACUAAAUCAACGGUUACGAACGAAAGAUCUACUACUUUUCUUCCACCAUCGGCAAUAUCAUCGGAUGAUGCAGAUUUAAACGAUACAAUUCGCACGGAAGAGAAAUGUCUAAAAGAUAUGUUAAGCCAAAAAGAAGUCGAUAUCAUUCGUCGAUCUACCAUCGCAAUUGCGCAGAUAUCAUUGGAUUCUCAAAUGAAUCCGGCUGAUCUCCGAAAGACACCAAACGAAUCAUUCAGCCCUGACAAACAUAUCUGUACUAUAUUUGGUCCGCAACUUCGUUGUGAUCACGGAGAUAUUGUUCUUGUAUUCAAAAGAAAAGUGAUGCUUCAUCCCGAUGCAAAUUUUUGUCUUCAAUCUGACGACGCUUUUUUAAAAGGAAAUGCAUUUAUGCAACGACCAUGGAUGAAAGAUUCGGGUUCAUUCCACGGUCGGAUGAAGCAACUGCAAGAAGCAAAAUUACAUUGUUCAAUAGACGGUCAUGAUUAUGCAGCAGCAGCUGACCUCAUGGCUACAAUAGGUCUACGAGAUAAAACAAUGAACGUCGAUCUAAAAACAAUCACAAAACAUUUGAAAAGUAUUGAUUCAAAUACAGCAUUCGAGGGCCAUUUGCCUGACUUUAUUCCACUGGAUUACAUAGGUGAAGUUUACAUACCGAAAAAUCUCUUUCAAUCGCUUUCAUCAGCAGCUCAAAGGGCAGCCAGAUCAAUUUUUGGUGAUUCAUUGCAUAUAACAAAUCAUGAGGUUAAUCUCAAUCCUCAAACUAGUGGAGGAUCACGCUCAUUGGAAAAAAAUCGUGUUGAUUAUCAACAACAUGUUAUCGAUAAAUUGAUUGACGUAUCUACUCUAGAUACGGAACCUUUCCAAGAACUACGUGGCAUUGUUAUCACUUUGCCACCUAGCCAUUUUCUUGAACAUGUUCCGUUACCUUACACAAUAGAACAAAUCUACGAUUAUUACAUUCAAAGUCAAAGUCACAAUUCAAUAUCCAAUGAAAUCUACAUUUAUUGGCAAGCAAUGUAUGGUGAUAUGAUGCUCACAUUAUCGACUGAACCACUCGCUAGUAUUGAUAAUCGACAACGUACUAAGUGUCUCGUAUGUUAUAUUGCUGGAACACCAUCAACAACGCCAACUGAUUAUCGAGAGUCAUAUACAUAUUUGAAUCUAGGUGAUCCAUUGAAACAUGAAUAUGUUAUGAACAAACGUUCGUUUUUAGCAAAUUCGAAUACAUUCCACCGUGGCUGUAAUCUAGAUGAUUUUCUUCUUUAUUGUUUAAAACUUCAGAGAGACACUGGCCAAGUAACACUUUCACAUGCUGGACCGAAUAGCAUCUACAGUUAUGAAACUGUUUCAUGCAUGCUUUCAAAAUCAGAUUUUAAAUUGACUGAUUUAAAUUUUAUUCAUAUGAGUUCUGGUUCACAACAAGUGCCUGUUCGAAAUCUAAUGGUUUGCUUUCAUCCAAUACCCGAUUUUCAUCCUGCAUUUGAUCAAUACUGUAAAUCAAACAACAGUCCUCCGAUACAACCAGCUCCUCAUAGUGCUGACCGAGCGCGAUCAGCAGCAGCCGCAAAGCCAGCAGAGAACAAUGCUCAAUCGAAUAUCUCGAAACUAAAUCAGUUUCCUGGUGGUUCACGUGAGAUUGAUAUUGAUAGGAGAAAAAUACAGCCUUGUCGAGAUUCAAUUAAUUGUAUUAAGAUAAUGUCAGAAGAGCACUGUAAGCGAUUUUCGCAUCCUUGCCGAUUCUCUGAAGUUUGCCGUAAUAAAGACAGAGAACCAAAUUUGACGCAUGAACCACAUAGAGUAUCUAACUGUUCAUUGGGUAGAUCAUGUACAAAACUUGUCGAUCCUUAUCAUCGGGCAGCGUACCGCCACGUCGAGCUUCCUGAUUUUCUUUUUCCAUGUCGUGAUCAAAAUGAGUGCAAAAAUCGAACUUUCGAACAUCGAGUAAAGUAUUCACAUGGUGAAAAACUUGAGCGAAAAAGAAUAGAUGAAGACCCUGCCAAACCACGUUCGUCUUCCAAUCCAUCAUCAUCAGAAAGUUACAUAGACGACCAACGCAAUCCUCGUAAUCAGCAACAUCAAGGUCAUGAUGAAAAUCGCAAUGAAAAAUGUCCGUGCCGAUAUGGAUUAAAAUGUCGUGAUCAAAAUAUUGCGCACCAUCGCGCUAAAUAUUCUCAUCCGUCCAAUCAAGAUAACGGGCGAAAACCGUGCCCAUUUGGUUCCGCUUGCUAUAACACGACGGAUGCCAAACAUACAUCCGAAUUCUCGCAUGGAUAA